AUGAAGUUGAAUUUGGCCACUGGCCUCAUCUGCUUGCUCGCCUCCACUGAAGCAGUCGCAGCUUCCAGCUGGUGGAGCAAAGCCGUCUACAACAAAUGGCAUGAAACUGAGCUCGAGCGAUGGCUCUCGGACCAUAACAUCCCUUAUCCCAGUCCUGCCGACCGCCGUGACCUGGAGAAUCUGGUCAAAACCAACUGGGAUAACAAAGUGCAGAAGCCCCUUGGACAAGCUGCAGAGAACAUCAAUCAUGAGCUCCACCAUGCCAGAGAAUGGGUCUUUGAUACUUGGUCCGACUCUCAGCUGAAGGCAUUCCUUGAUCGCCACGGCAUCCCUGCCCCCCAACCCCGCAGACGUGACCUUCUGAUCAAGACCGCGCGCGAGAACUAUGAGAAAAUCGCCACCAAGGUUGGCGAAACGGCUUCCUACCCUGGAGACUGGCUGUACGAGGAGUGGUCCGACUCGGAUCUCAAGGAAUGGCUCGACGAACGUGGAUGGCCGGUGCCCCAACCGACCAGCCGUGACAAGCUGAUUGCGUCUGUUCGCCGCAACUCACGCGUUAUCAGCUUGCAGUCCCAGAACCUUGCUGCGUCUGCAUCCGCCGAGGCUGAAGCUGCUAAGGAGUCUCUGAGUGAUCAACUUUUCAACGCCUGGUCCGACUCGAGGCUGAAGGAAUUCCUCGACGAGCACAAUGUCAAGGUGCCACAGGGCUCGAGGCGCAAUGAACUCAUUGCUCUGGCCCGGAAGAACCGCGCCUAUCUUUCUGGUCAAGUGUCAAGCGCCUCUUCCGCCGUGGAGGAUGCGUACGGCGCUGCUACCACCAAGGCUGGGAACGCGUAUGGCGCUGCUACUACUAAGGCUGGAAACGAAUUUGCACGCGCUACCGAUUAUGCCAAGCUGAAGAUUGAGGAUGCUUUCGAGGCUGCGUUGGGUGGCUGGUCUGACUCCCGCCUGAAGGCUUUCCUUGAUGCCCGAAGCAUCCCUGUCCCUCAGAGCGGCAAGCGUGAUGAGCUCACUGCUAAGGUUCGCGCCAACGCCCACAAAGCUGCCAGUGGAUGGAACGAGUACAACUUCGAUACUUGGGAUAAAGAACACUUGGUGAAGUACCUGUCUACCGUGAACCACAAGGCGGCCAAGCAGGCCGAUGCCUCCCGCGAGGAGCUUAUCAAGCAAGUCCAGGACUCCUACGCCAAGGCUUCCAAGGCCGGCGGCGAACAGUACGCCUCUGCGACCGCUGCCCUCACGCAGGCAACCGGCACAGCCAAGGACGCCACUUUCAACCAAUGGUCGGAAUCCGAGCUCAAGAGAUACUUGGACGACUAUGGCGUUCCUACCUACCAAGGCUCGAGCAUCAAUGAGCUCCGAGCUGCGGCCCGGCGUAACGCCCAGUACUUUAAGUACGGCACCACCACCCCGCAAGAGACCAUCUAUUCCAAGAUCAUGAAUCUUUUCAACUGGGCUUUGGAACAGUUGAAGAUUGGCGCUGCUAGUGGUCGCGCUCAGGGUACUGAAGCUGCUGAAAAAGUCCAGAAGAAGGUCUCCGAGAACACGGAGAGAGUGCGUGGAGAACUCUGA